AUGUCUACUACCACACUUUCCAACCGUGGAACAAAGGAAAAGAUCCCAAGUAAGAAUCUUACCACUAUCGAUACUUACGGGAAUACCUUCAAAGUUCCAGAUUACACCAUUAAGGAUAUUCUUUCUGCUAUUCCAAAACAUUGUUAUGAAAGAUCAUUGCUUUACUCCUUACACUUUGUAGCUAGAGACAUCAUUGCGAUGUCUAUCAUCAGUUACGUUGGUCACAGAUUCAUUCCUCAAGUCGAGUUUGCCGGUUACGAACAAUUGUCCACCUUAGUGCGUGGUGCUCUUUGGUUUGGUCAAUCUUACCUCAUGGGUCUCUUUGGUUUCGGUUUAUGGAUUUUGGCCCAUGAGUGUGGUCACGGUGCCUUUUCUGAUUACCAGAACGUCAAUGACGUUGUCGGUUGGGUGUUACACUCAUACUUGAUUGUGCCAUACUUCUCCUGGAAGUUCUCCCACGCUAAGCAUCACAAGGCUACUGGCCAUUUGACCAAGGAUAUGGUUUUCAUCCCAUACACCAAGGAAGAGUUUGUUGAAAAGUCUGGUUUCGAUAAGGUUUCUGAUAUUAUGGAAGAUUCUCCAAUUUGGUCGUUCACCGUGUUGGUUUUCCAGCAAUUGGCCGGUUUACAAACUUACCUACUCAUCAAUGCCACUGGUCAAAGUUACGAAGGUUACUCCAAAAUUGGUAAGUCCCACUAUACUCCAUCGUCCCCUGUUUUCGAUAAGAAUCAAUGGUGGUACAUUGUCCUCUCUGAUAUUGGUAUUCUUUUAGCCUUUACUGGAGUCUACCAAUGGUACAAGAUUUUCGGGUUCCACGCUAUGUUGAUCAACUGGUUCUUACCAUGGUGUUGGGUCAACCAUUGGUUGGUUUUCGUCACCUUUUUACAACACACUGAUCCAACCAUGCCUCAUUACAGAGAUUCUGAGUGGACCUUUGCCAGAGGAGCUGCUGCUACCAUUGACAGAGACUACGGCUUUAUCGGUCAACACAUUUUCCACGACAUUAUCGAAACUCAUGUGUUGCACCAUUACGUCUCAAGAAUUCCAUUCUACAACGCUAGAGAAGCAAGUGCUGCUAUUAGAGAAGUCAUGGGUGAGCAUUACAGAUACGAAGGUGAGAAUAUGUGGUUUUCUUUAUGGAAGUGUAUGAGAAUGUGUCAAUUCGUUGAUGAUGACAAGGAUGAUUCCAAGGGAGUCAUGAUGUUCAGAAAUGUCAAUGGCGUGGGUCCAGUGAAGCCAAAGGAUUGA